ACUGCAGGUGGCGAGGGGCGGAACCUCGGCGUUUCAUAAUAACGCUUUACCACUCUUGCAUAAAACAACAGCUCCUCCAGCAGACGAAGUAUACAGAAAUGUUGUGCCGGUUUCACUACAGUGACUUCAACAUGAGCCAAGCGAUUAUCUAAAAGGUAACUCUGCAGCCCCUUCAAGAUGAAGGGUCUUUUCCUCGUGGAGCCCGUGGUCGCUCUCUACGCCUUCUCCAGUUUCCUCAUCUAUCCUCUCGUGCAGCAGUACGUGUACCGGAGGCUCUGGGAGCAGCUGACAAACGCCACCUAUCCCAUCUCUGACAACACCUCCAGAUGUGCAGCCGCCAACAGCAGCAGCAACCACUCGAGCCACCAUGAGGAGGUACAGAAGCAGGCAUCUCUCUUCUCCCUUUACACAGACCUCUUCUCCACAAUCCCCUCUCUGAUCGUCACCCUGAUGCUUGUGGCCUACAGUGACCGCGGAGGGCGUAAGAUCACGAUCAUCAUGCCUCUCAUUGGCUCGUUGAUCUACACCUCGACCUUCCUGGCUGUGUCCUACUUUGAGCUCAACAUCUACCUGCUCAUCGGCUCCUCGCUUCUCAGCUCUCUGUUUGGCGGCCUUGGCACAUUUCUGGGUGGCUGCUUCGCCUACAUAGCCGACCUGUGCGACGAUCAUCGCCAGAAGACGCUGCGCAUGGCCGGACUGGACAUGAUGAUCGGCCUGCUGUCCGGAGUGGCCGCUAUAUCGACGGGCUACUUUCUGAGAGCUGCGGGCUUUAACUGGCCUUUCCUCACCUCUGCCGUGUGCCAGUGUUUUAUCCUACUCUAUGCCAUUUUCAUCCUAGAGGAGACUGUGAAGAAGGCUCCCGCUGAUGCCUUAAAUAUAGACGGGUCUCCUCAGCGUUCAGCCUUGAAACAGAUGACCUACGGGGUCUACCAGAUGUUCGCAGGAGCCAGCCCCAGGUGCAAGACUGUCCUCGCCCUCCUGAUGCUUGUCUUCACCAGCUUCUCCUUCGCCUAUAUGGGUGGGAUCUCCUUGAUCACGCUGUAUGAGCUUAAUGAACCGCUAUGCUGGACCGAGAUUUUGAUCGGCUACGGCGCAGCUCUUUCCACAACUGUGUUCCUGGCCAGUUUCAUUGGAGUGUCCGUGUUCACGUACUGCGGCGUGCCACAGCUGCUCAUUGUCCUGAUGGGGAUCCUGUCCGUCAUGUCGGGCAUGCUCCUGCUGGCGUUUACUAAGACCACUUUACUGAUGUUUUUAGUGAGGGUGCCGAUGCUCUUCGCUAUCAUGCCUUUCCCCGUCCUGCGCUCCAUGAUGUCAAAGAUCAUCUCGAAGUCUGAGCAGGGAGCCCUGUUUGCCUGUCUCUCCUUCAUGGAGAGUUUAACCAGCAAUAUAGCGAACGCGGUCUUCAACAGCGUGUAUGCUGUCACCGUGGCAUGGUACCCUGGCUUCGUUUUCCUCCUGUCUGCAGGACUCUGUUUCGUCCCUCUAGUUGUCCUAGGGGUGGUGGGUGUGAUAGGAGUGGAUGUUGCCAAAGAGGAAGAAAAGCCAGAGCCCGUCCUCUCAGGGGAAGAGGAGCCUGUUGAUGAUCAGAACGACAGCAGCCCUCUUCUUAUUUAAGCCGUCUCAAAGACUGCCGAACCUCACCAGCACUUUGUUCAUUUCUCUUAUAAGAUAUAAGAUACUACUAUAUGAUACUUUUUUUUCCCCAAAAGUAGCUCACUGACUCUUGUUCUCAGUAUCAUAAGCUGUCAAUGCAGGUUACAGAGACAUCUCUUUUGUUGCCAUUUAUUUAUUUAUGCAAUCGAAUCAGUGUAUUGUGAAGAUACAACAGGGAUUUGUAGGAAAACGAUGCAGGCUGAUGCAUCGUAUCAACGUGGUCUUCACUUAAAAGUGAGGACCUUUUUGAUUUUAAUAUUCCAUACCUCAGAAUGGUUUGACUGUGACAUUUCUAACACAUUUUAAAAGGGAUUUUGCGUGUUCAGACAGUUUUACAAUGUGAUAUGUUUGCAUUUUUAAAAAUAGAGUGUCGGUUAUGCAAACUGAUUCCCCUUUUUAUGUUCUGUCUCUCCUGAAAUUGCAGCAUAAGACAAAUCUUGUUUACUGUCAGAGAUAUAAGCAACAUUAUAAACAAUUAAGAUGUUUUCUGUAUUCACUACAGCCUACCACCAUUAAGUAAUUAAUUCAUUUUUUGAAUUAUUUUUAAAAAAUUAUUCACAACACAGGUUUUAAUGGUAUGUUUGGUGUUUAAGGCAUCAAAGACUUUGUAUUUAAAUUUACAGAAAGGCAUUCACCAUGACAUGUUAAUGUAAAUGUAUCAGUAGGUUCUUGAGAAGAUAAUUAAUUUCACAUAAAUUCAAGUGUCUGUCAUUUUCACAAUCAAGGUAAAACACAAUGAGAUUGUGUUGUUUUCCAAGGAGGAAUCUGACCUUCGUAAUAAGAUUUGUUUGCUUUUGCAGGGAUAUGGAUUUUUUUUUUUUUUUUUUUUACUUCAUUAGUCACACAGUUGGUCAACUUCGGAGUGUAAUGUUGUCUAGGGACUCAAAUCGAAUUGUUAUUUCAUGGAAGUAUAAAUGGAAAUGAAAAGACGUGGUCGAUGUUUUGUUUGUGUUUUUGGAGAUUGUCUCAAAAUGUGCAAAUUAAAGCUUUCUUUGUGUGUUA